UCCAAGUAAAGAUGGCGACGUCGCAGCUAACGGACGAUGAGCUUUUCUCUGAGUUAAAGAGCUUUGGAUUCACUCCAGGCCCGGUCUCCGAGAAUACGAGACCGGUUUAUUUGAAAAAACUAAAGAAACUACGUGAGGAACAACAACAGAAAGGAGGAACCAGAGCGGGGAAAAACCGAAACAGCGGCAGUAUCAACAACAACAGUAGUAGCGGUGGUAACGGCAGCUACACAGCGGCGGGAGCUUCGGGAUGCGGAGCCAGGCCAGCUAGCCGUGACGUCACGCCCCGGAGCCCCGGUGGUCGACCGGUCCUGAACGAAAAGCGAACUGGUGGAGCUGGGAAGUUCGUAUUGGGUUUUAGUUCGGACGAAUCGGACGUAGAGGACCCGAAGAAAAAACGAGGAGCGAACCACAGCGGUAGGAAAGACCGAGGUUCCGCGUAUCAACAACAACAGAUCAGGCCUACAACGGGAACUGCUACCGCCACUCGGAAGAGCCUGGGAGUCGCUGUGAGUACCAGCAGUAACAACUCCUCUCCCGCCGGGCUGCUGGAGGGGAGGAGAAGCGGACCCGGUUCUCUCGGUUGGGAGGACCGGGGAAAAUCGAGCCUCGAGGUCUCGCGGGCCGCGGAAGUGAAGGGUUACGACGAAGAGCCCGAAGAAGACGACGAUUUUCAAGGGGAGACGGAGAGAGACAGUCGGUCUCUGAAUGGGAACAGGGCGUCUUACUCACUGAACGCCAGUAGUAAGAAAGUCGGUGAUUACUCAGAUUCGGAGGAAGAGGAAGAAGGGGGGAUAAUAUCUGGGCAGGACCGUCAACGAGACCAGCGCUUACAGCAACACUACUCCAGACGGAGUCACUCCUCCAAGCCGUCUCCCUACAGAAGUGCCAGGGGGUCAGAGAACGGACAGGAAACGACUGGCGGCAUGGCAAUCAGGCCAAACGACACGCCUGGCGCUAGUAGGAGUCGACUAGACAUGAUGGGAGGCCGGGGGGAGGAAGAUGAGGAAGAGGAAGAGGGAAAGAAACGAGGCCCCGGCGAAUCGUCCCUGAGCGGGAGCUUGCUGAGACGCCAUUGCCCCAGGGGGACCAUCUACGUGUCGGCUGUGAUGGGGGAGAGCGACCGCGGCAGCCCCGGGGAAAGCAGCGGCAACAAUUCCCCGUCUUCCGCCUACAACAAAAACCACAUCGACAGCGGGGAUGGCGCCACUAGUAGUAGUAGCAGCAGCAGCCGAUUCAGCAUCGGCCUGAGACCGCGAUUCUCCAACUACAACAGUCUAUCCGCUACUUACCGACCCAACCAUUCAAAUCAUAGCGGUCCCAACCAUGCCUACAGCCAGUCGAGUCUCAAGCAGAAGCACACGGUACCGGAGGAUGAGCUGCUCCAGCAAUUCAAGCGGGAGGAGGUGGGGUCGUCCACCGGUGGUUGGGGGUUCAGUGCCCACUACCUGUCCAUGUUCCUGCUCAUGGCCGCCUGCCUGUUCUUCCUCCUGCUCGGCCUCAUGUAUCUCCGGAUGAGGGGGUCUGGAGCCUCUGAGGUCGAUGUUGUCGGUAAGUAUCCAGCCUAGUAAACUGUAACUUCCUAAACAUAGC